AUGUCACCGAUGAAAGUAAAUAUCCGGUUCUACAGUUCUACGACUUUCAAACCCUUGCCCUUCCGUCAAAAAGAGCUGUCUUCGCUGACAAAUUUCUCCUCCCUAGUAAUCGUUACCUCCGGCCCGUCCUCUACCUACCCACGUCGCGCCUACCGCAACCCCACAGACUCCCUCGUUCGCUUUCUAGACCUGAAGCAUGGUGAGAACUGGUCAAUAUGGGAAUUCCGCGCGGAGGGCUCGGGGUACCCGGAUGAAGAGGUCUACGGACGUAUCCACCACUUCCCAUUUCCAGAUCACCACCCGCCACCCUUUGCCCUUAUCCCGCCUCUUAUGGCGAGUAUCAGAAAUUGGCUAUUAGAAAAUGAGAGUGUUGAGGAUGGCAAGGAUGUUAAGGAUGUUAAGCAUGCUAAUGCUGCCCUAGUGGAAGGGGAACGGGAGGAUGCGAAAAGAAAACGAGUAGUUGUCAUGCAUUGCAAGGCGGGCAAAGGGCGGAGCGGGACUAUUGCCUGCAGCUUUUUGAUCAGUGAACGUGGGUGGGUGGCUGAGGAUGCUUUGAGGCAGUUUACGGAGCGGAGGAUGAGGGUUGGGUUUGGCCAGGGGGUGAGCAUCCCCAGCCAGCUGCGGUGGGUGGGAUAUGUGCAGCAGUGGACGAAUGAGUUACGGAAAGUUUAUGUGGAGAGGCCGGUGGAAAUUUUGGAGGUGCAUAUUUGGGGUUUGAGGGAUGGGGUGGAGGUUGAGAUUGAAGGGUUUGUGGAAGAAGGCAGAAGGAUUAAGUGUUUUCAUAAGUUUCAUCGGUGUGAGAGGAUUGUGAUGGGUGAAGAGGGAGAUGGGUCGACAGAGGAAGAAGGGGAUGGGAAACAAAAGAGAAGAAUUGACGCAAAGAGAGUGAGGACGUUGAUGAAACGAGGAAAAGAGGAGGAGGGAGGUAAGGAUGAUGAUAGCUCUAAAUUAAACGACACUGAAACCCUGCCAGGCGCAAACAAUCCAAUAACAACCACACCGCAAUCUCGCUCAACAUUCUCGCAGCCCUCCCGGUCCUCUUCGUUUUUCCAACCAGUAACCACCCCGAAACCAUGGAGUAAAUGGAUGCAAAGCAUCAUCACCAACUCCGCCAACGUCGACGCCAUCAUACCAGCCGUAAUUCUCCGGCCAAGCAAAAGGGUUAUUCUCCCUACCUCUGAUGUGAACAUCAGCAUCCAUCGGCGCACCAUGGCCACAUACACGGGGUGGACGAUUGUCACAUCCGUCGCACACACGUGGUUUAACGUAUUCUUUGAAGGAGGGGAUGUGUUUGAUUCAGGCGUUUUUGAAGUUGAUUGGGAUGCCUUGGAUGGUAUUAAGGGGACGUCUAAUAGGGGGAUAAGGGCCCUUGAUCGGUUGAAGGUUGUUUGGCGCUAUGCAGAAGCACAGGGAGAAUCUGAGGAUGAGGGGGUAAUAUCAGCUGCUGGAGGGAAACUUAUUCUGGAACCCGCGCCGGGUGAGCCAGUUGCUGAAGGGCAUGCGGCGGACUGGCGUGGUGAGGAGCAGCAGGGAGAAGGUGGAAUAGACCCCAAUGCUUUGAGUGAGGAGUUGUUACAGAAGUCUUUGCCAUCGCGUCCGGGUCAGGGUGGGAUCAGAGAAGGGAACAAUACGGUGACAGAUGUCAACAUGGGUGCUAGAGAUGGGGCGGCUGAAUUCUACAGUCUCGGGCAAUAUUGCGAAGCACCUUGA